UGUGUGUGUGAUGUCGAACUGGCUUGCCGAGGGGGACACAGCGAGUGAAUGGAAUUAAAACUAUGGGCAGACGACACUCUAGCAGACAAUGAUUUUAGUCGCAUAAUGAUUUUAGGUGCGUUUUGAGAGAUCUUAGCUCACAUCGUUGAUCGUUAUUUUCCCCGCCUUGCUAUGUCUCCAUCUGACAUUAAAACACCUGCAGUGCUUUGGAAUUUGUAUUGGGAGGUGGGAGCUCGCUGGCUCGCUUGAGCUGAGUCGGAAUUAAGAUGCCCAAAAUCCGCAUCGGGUAAUGAAUGAUCGAGACGUGUUGCUCUUCCUGACAUUACAUGCCGUAAAUUUGUAAGGAUCAAGUCUGCGAUUCAAGUUCAAUAUCGACGUGGCAUCACUUUCAACCUUUGCAGGAUUGAACUACUUUAAAAAGAUAAUCCCGACCUUUUCAUUUCAAGAUACGAACAAUAGACCCAAAAUCAACAACCGCCAGACAACGAUGGCGUGUGCGACAUCAACGAACACGGGGAACGAUGAACUGGACGUCUCGAUCACGGAGGCGAUCGUCCAAGCCCAUUCUAUGUACGACGAGCUCUACAACAGCCGACAGCUAGAGAAGAUGGUUGAUUCCAUCUACGCUGAGGAUUGUUGCGUCAUGAUGGAAGGGCGUGACGUCAUCCGGGGUAGGAAAGAACUACUAGAGCUUCUAUGUGGCUUUUCGAAGGACCCCAGCCAUCAUCGCGUGGAAAGCAAUGCGAUGGAGAUUCGAGAGAUAACUGCACCGGGCCAGCGAAUUUACGAGCUCGGUCGCUAUUCUUUUUUCGACAUCCCUAACACGGGACGCGCGGACGGCAGACACGUCAUCGUUUGGACUCGAAUCGGCGGGAAAUACUUUAUCACUUUGCAAAGUAUAAAUCCGAUUACAUGAGGUUGACCGUGUGCAAAUAUCGUCUGCAUCACUACGUUUGAACUCAAGAAGAAAGACGUUAUGAGUAUCCGUCAGAGAAAGGCUUUACUUGUGAAGAAGGCUCAUUGUAUAAAUAUUGCACUUGAAAUGGUUGAAUGUUCUGAGCACCUUAGCGGCAUGAAUAGGACUUCUGUGGUAGGAAAUAGUUUUUUGUUUCCUUCUUAAACUGGCACAAUAUGAAAGAAGGAAUUGAAUAGACUACCAGGAUACUAGCAGAUUGACAGAUUCCCAAAAGCGCACGCCCUGGCAUCGUAGUAUAGUCGUGACUGCUUCGGUUUAGUGCAAUACAAUGUAGCUGCGACAGACGCCCACGUUCUUUCGCAAUAUAUAGGUGUUUGCUUCGAAGGUCCUGUUAUAUCGUCCAAUAUCAUCCAAUAUGCUAAGCUACCUUUCUGAAGGUCAUAGAGAAUAAACUCAGCUCGUACUGUGGACGUAUAAGAACGUUUUAAAGGUUUCUCUGACUGUUAGUCAAAUUGUGCAUGAAUACACUAUAUUGACUUUAAAUAAUGUGUUCUUAUAGAAGUCGUGUUUCACUUGUACCCAUGGGCUGGUAGCGCAUCAUGAAGAUCAUUUUAUUAUUGGUUGACUACGAUAAAAUACAUCCUAAUUUUACAACGGCAUUUGUUUAAAAUUGGGUAUAACAAAGGAAGCUAAUCUGAGUUUUAAAUUGUCUUUAAUUAAUUAAACGUGAUAUAAGACUCAGUGUAUGGUUAAACCAUGGCCUAAUAUAGUUUAACUAAUUUAGUAGAAUGCGGAUCAUCUUGUCCCGCAAACGUUGAUGCCUGGGGAG